UUUUUUCACAUUCCAGCCGAUUUCGCUUACUGUUCGCAAGGACCUGUUUUCAUCAACCCCAACAAUGUGGUGUCCGUUCCAUCGCAGACGGCAGCCGACCAGGGAAAUUACGUCACUCAAACUGUCUAUGGCUUCCUGGAUUUCACGACGACGAUAGGCAACACGGUGAUGGUUUUCUCACCUCAAAGCGCCGCUGUCGCAGCUCCUCUAGGAUUAUCGAAGCAGUCGACAGAGAAUACAUCUUCCAAGAACGUCAUUGAGACUAAGCCAAUAGCCUCCAUCAAAAAAAUAGGGAUUCAACCAAGCAGGACACAGAUAUCAAACGAGAAGAUACUUGAUGGUAAAACUCCUUCAGCUAUUCAGGUUAAGUCAAAAUCUCCUCCUACGGUCAUGACAAAAGUGGAUGUUCAAUCUUCAGCCAUAACAAGAGUCAACGUAAUUAGCGAAGAAGCAAAACCUGCUAGAGAGCCUCAUCCUCCCCUACUAGUGAGCAAGGUGCAGGUAGUUGAAGGACCGUCCAGCAGACCUGCCGCAUCUUCGAAUAUCAUAACCAAAGUUGAAGUUUCUGGCGGGCAGAGCAAGUUGCCAGAGCCAAUAGAGAUGAAGAGCCGGAAGGACGUUGAAUCCGGAAUAGUUUCGAGUAUCGUCCAAGUCAAAUCAGAUGAAGAGCCAGCGCUCAUAAUGGGAAACAAUAUCGCUGAGCCUGAAUACGAUUUUCUAUCAAGGCAGCCAUCCGAAGUUGUAGAGGAAACAUACAAGGUAAUCAAUCUGAAACCAAGUUCGAAGUUCCUUCUGAAACAUCGCCCCUCAUCAGAAACGAAGAAAAAUGCAGGAAACAAAAGAGCAGGUGUCGAUCAUCCUACUGGAUUAGUUACAAAAUUAGGUGGAACGGUAGUGAAAGACGGUGUGACAACCGUGGUAGAGACUAGUGUUAUCGGUACCUAUAUAUCAGGCAAAUACGCCCAAGUCUUGCAAAGCACUUCGAGGAAAAUCAAUCCCACUCAAAGCCUCCGAAUAUUAAAAACGGCAGCGCCUUCAUUAGGAAAAGGAAAUAAGCACCGUCAAAUAGAGCCGACUCCAGCAGCCUCCUAUAACGGAGACCCCACAACUGAACUCACUGCUCUAAACUCCAUAAAAUCUACGCGAAAAGCAAAUUCGAACGGGGGAGGCUCGUUCAAGAGAUUCAAAAACCGACACAAAGACACAGAAGAAGGAAACAAUGAUCAGGAGCUGGCACAGCCGCCUAGCAAUUACAAGAAGUCGCAAAAAAAUAGGAGUCAGUCGCAGAAUGCGAGGAACAGCAAACAACACACAAGCUCUCAUAGCCCGCAAAAACCCAGAAGAAAUAGAAAGAGAAAACCUUCAACCAAACCAUCUGUACACAGUGAAGAAUCUUCCACUGCGUCGACCUCUGGAAAGAGGUUUUCAGGAAGAAAAAACAAACAAAGCCGGGUCAGUAGCAGCGAUCCAGUCAGCAGCAGCAGCAGCACCAGCGCCAUCGGUAGCGGUUUCAGCAGGAGGUCAUAUAAGCCGAAAGUACAGGCUACUGCGGUUGAUUCUUCUGGAGGAUCGACUAGUUCCAGCUUGUAUAAAUUCAAAUUGAACAGAUCUCCAGGCAGAUGGCAGUACAAGACGACGUCAAAGCCGCGGGUAACCAUUCGAAAGCAAAACAACGACGAGCUCGCGAACAAUAACGUAACGUUGGGAUCCACUUCUUCUCCUCACGAUGCCUCCCAGCUUCAAAUCGAUGAUUCAGCUACGCCCCAAGCUCGAUCAGACGACGUUGAUAGUCUAGAAGGCUCUGAAUCAAUCGCCUCAAUAAUUGACGAUGAUAGUUCGACGGAAAAUAAAGUCGAUGCGCCCGCUUUUCCAGUGGAAACCGUUAAAGUGGAAAUUUCUACGCCUCCGGACUUCGGGGAUAUCUAUUAUGAAAUAGCGACCAUCAAAUCGCCUUAUACAUUUCAGGUUGGCAGCGUACGGAACACCCGCUACAUAACCGUCACUUCCACCUUCGAAAAGAGCCUCGAGCACACCCCAGAUCUCCCCUCCGUCAAACCUUCCGAGCCCCUCACCGAGAACAUCCUUGCGACGUCGAGUAAUUACGCCAAGGACAACAACUUCCUGGAUUCGAGCGUCGCGACGCUCCCUCCCAUCUAUCUCGCCGCCGACAUGGAAACGCCACCGCUGGAGACACUAACCGAGACCUUUAGCACCACUCAGACCGUGUUCAAGACGCACAUCCUGCCUGUUAUACGAUACGGCAACGAGACGAGCAGUUCCACCUUAGUGCAGACUUACUUGAUAACGAGAUUAGUCACUGCUACAAAAACCCUACCACCAAUGGAAGCUUAUCAAUUCAUCCCAAGCAGAACUCUCAACGAAUUCAAUAGCCGGUUAGAUGAAGCUGGCUCGGAACUUCAUCUCGAAUUGGAGUUUGGCGACCAGAAUGACGAGGACGGAGGACAAAUCAGGAAAGUAUCUCUACCAUCUGACCUCGAUCUGGCAAAUAUUGGAUCCAACUUCGACUUCCCAGACGUUGACCGAUCAAAAAUUUUUGAGGGCCACGCUAGGCCCAAGAAGAACCAAUCUCCAUUCAGACCACCUAUGAAUGAAUUAUCCAAUCAAGGUUUGAACCAAGAUCAACUCCAGCAGUUAGCCUUAUAUAGGUUUUUGAAUCCUGGAACUCAAGGCCAAGUUAUCACAACCUCCAAACCAAUAUUGAAGCUAGAGACGUUGUAUGAGACAUUUGUCUUACCUGUAACGCAAGGCCAUAAUACCAUCCAGAGUACUAUUUCGAAGUUCAAGGGUACGAUUACUAGAACCGAGUAUGAAUUUGGUACAAGCACGAUUGCUCCAACUUUGCCUUUGCCACCAAUCCCUCAGUUGCCACCUCAACUACCACCUCAGCUUCAGCAACAACUUCAACCGCAGAUUCAACCACAACUUCAACCGCAAUUACCACAACUGAACCCAUUCUUGCCUCAACCCCAAUUUGCGGUUACUUCAUCACCAGUUGUGCAGACAGUACAAGUAACGCAAACAAAUAGUAAGGUUCUGAAGUUGACCUUCGGUGCGAAAACUGCGCAUACAACUGUGUACUCGACAGUAGUCGUGCCAACUACUGUGACCAGCUACAUCACAGCAUCAAUUCAAGUGGCCCCAACAGCUGCAUACCCCGGAUAUUUCCCUGCACCGUUCCCUGGAUAUCCAUACGUUGGGUAA